AUGGUGUCACAAUCUUCAUGGAUUUUUAUUUCUUAUGCUGUCAUUUACGCAAUAUCUAGCACAGCUGGUGAACAUUAUACUAGUAAUCGUCAUUCAUUAAAAUCAUCACUGUUAGUACCAACUGAAAAACUUAAAUAUAGUAACGGUAAAAUUGGUAGGUUACGGCGACGAACUAAAAGAAAUGCAUAUUAUCCAACUUUUAAUAUGGAAUAUGUUGAUCCAUUUAUGAGUGGAACAUUAUUAUCAUCAUCAUCAUCAUCAUCAUCAUCAUCAUCAUCGGUAAUACCAUUUGAUAUGGCUGUUGCAGAAUCACAUAAGAAAAAAGAAUGGGAAAAAGGUGAUAAACAUGAACAUCACGAAGAACAUCAUGGUAAAAAAGGAGAAAAAGAACAUAAGGGUGAGAAAAGUGAACAUCAUCAUAAGAAGGGAGAUAAGGGCCAUCAUGAUAAAGAAGAGAAAAAAGGACAUCACGAAGAAGAGCAUGGACAUAAGAAAAAACAUCAUCAUGAUGAUGGUUAUCAUAAAAAGAAGAAGAAGGGUAAAAAAGGUGAAAAAGGACAUGAAUUUGAAGAGCACGGUCAUUAUAAGAAAGGACAUCAUACAAAAGGAAAACAUGAUAUUUAUAAAUUAGAUGAAGAUGAAAAAGAGAAACACUAUUAUGAUGAACAUCACGAUGAAGGAUAUCACGAGGAUGAAGGUGGUCAUCACGAAGAGAAAAAACAUAAAAAGGGUGGCCAUCAUAAAAAAGGACAUCAUCAUCAUAAGAAACAUCAUGAUCAUCAUGGUAAGAAAGGACACGAUAAAAAAGGUGGUCAUCAUCAUGAGCAUAAGGGUCAUAAGGGUGAGAAAAAACAUCAUGAACAUCAUGAUCACGAAGAGGAAUAUCAUAAGAAGCAUGGUGAUAAACAUCAUAAGAAGCAUCAUCAUAAAAAAGGACAUAAAAAAGGGCAUUAA